AUGAUGCACGCAACCACAUCAGUGCCAGAUGAAACCAAUUCUGGCAACAUCAGACCAAUUGACCCUAAUUAUGUUCGAAAAGGUAUUGAGGAUAUUCUCAGAAUAUCGGAGGCCAUUCGCCUGCUGCAAAAUUGCAUUAUCGAUGCCUUGAACUACUCGGGUCCGUCGUUGUAUUCAAACAUGGCUAAUGUAUCAAGUGAUGCACAAUUUCCUCGUCCCAAUCUAGCUGCAGCCCCAUCAUAUCCUAACUCAAGCUCGGUUUAUCCUAGCUCAAGCUCACUUUAUCGAGGGGAUCUUAGCUGUCUUCCUCCAACUCGAUUUAGAAAUGAGAACGAAGAGCACUUAAAGACCAGCCAGAGCACAGCCGGUGCUUCUAGUGCUGGGGGACCUCUAGUUCCUUCAAAUGCUCUUCCUCUGAUCUCAAAUUUUACGAAUGCAGAGAAUCAAAGAGUAGACCAGUCUCUGAAUAGCAUCCCAAGUACUAGACAUCCUGGGCCGCAGGAGCGCUUUACGCCCAUGUACAAGGCGACUGUGCCUGAAGUAGGAAGCAGCGAAGUUCCCAAUAGUGCUUCUUCUGCAGCUGUAGUAGAAAUUGAGGACGAAUCGCUGAUGGAUGAGUGCGCCCGUCUCUUGCGCCAGAGCUCAAGAAAACGUCUCAAACGAGUUCCCCCUGGUAAACUACCUGUCCAAAAAGGAAACUCAUUUGUUCCUUACACUGGGUAUGGCUACAUGUCUAAUCAAAGCCCUUACAUCUCAACCUAUAGAGGUUUUCAGUCUACUAGAGACAAUGAUAAGUCCCAACAUUCCAAUACGAAUCUGGCUAAAACCAACAUUCAACAGACAGUGAAGUUACCAAAUGGAUCUAAUUCUGAUUACCAGAACUGCAAAGAGCAGGUUUAUCAGAACGGCUCCAAGACACCGCACACUAAUAGGCACUCGGCCCGAACCGGACCUGUUAAUCUAGAUCAGUCUGAACAAUGCAAUUGCCAGGCACGUGUGCCUCUGGGAAUAGUAUCUGGUAAGCCUGCGUGCUCUGGUAAGAACGAAAAAGCUACCAAGUCGGCGAAAGACUUGCCCAAAAUAGAUGAGACUCAUGAGUCAUCCCGAGCAGAAGUACCACUCAAACGCAAAACCAGAGGCUCCCGUAAGAAUUUGCGAAUAAAUGCAAAGUCAUCAGAAGGCCAAGAUCUGAAAGAAAAUGGAGUAGAACCUACUCCAACAUCAUCAAACAGAGCGGAACCCAAACCUGAAACUUUGUCCGAACCUAACAGUGCAAAAUCAGACUCAAUUGAAAUUUUGCUGACAAUGAGGAAGCUACCUCGAGGUUUAUUGAGUGGUCUUACAGUGUUGCCGGAUCAAAAGAUAGUUACAGUUGAAGCGAAAAACAUUCCUUUGAACCAGCCGCCUGUUCCCGAGAUUGAGCUCAAAUUAACUCCUGGAUCAAAGCAACCUGUUUCAGAUGUGUUUAUUGACGAACAGAUCAAGGCUGCGCCAAUGGUGUCACAACCUCCAUCAGCCCAAUUGGACUAUGUUACAGAAGUACCUGCUCCCCAUAAGGAGCCCGACGAAGCAGUCAACGAUCCGGAAGAAAGCCAAGAUGACGAGGCGCAAGAUCCAAACACAAUGCUCCAAGGCAGCAUCAUGUUCAAAGACUCGGAUGUAUUCAACUUCAUGAUCUUCAAUGGGUCCGAGGACAAUGCUAAGAAGAAUUUCAUGAACAUAUGCGAAACAGUUUGGGAUAGGCUCCAGGAGCUGAUGAACGGAUCGAAAAAACUGUGUGAAUGUCAUACGACUGGCGGGCCGGUUUAG